CACUAUGUUCUUAUGACAGUCUCUGUGUAGUCAUUUAAGAAGUGCUUGCAAAGCACCUCAGGCUUCUUAUCAAGGUGAUACAGAGGACAGCAAUUGAUCUUCUCAGGAUUGGAGUGGGCUGAUACAACCCCUGACACAGUACAUUCUGGAGGUCAAACUCAUCUUCACCUUUGGAUCUAGAGAUCACAAGACAGGUUUAUCUUCAGGGCCUCUGUUCUCUUCGGGAUCUGAUGAUAGUUGGGCUUGCUUCCCGGUUAGAAGGUUUUGGCAUCAAGCAGAAUGUUGAGGUGUUUGCUGCAAAAGGCGACCAACCUAAAAAAUGUAGAAAAGGGGGAAAGAUACAGUGACCCUCUUGCUAGCAUCACAUUCAGAGGGACAAAAAAGAAGACCAAAGUCAUCAAAAAUAAUGUCAAUCCAGUGUGGAAUGAGGGCUUUGAGUGGGACUUGAAGGGUGUGCCCUUAGAUUCUGGAGCGGAGCUUCAUGUUGUCGUCAAGGACCAUGAGAAAAUGGGCAGAAAUAGAUUUCUGGGGGAGUGUCGGGUGGCUCUUCGAGAUGUCCUCAAUGCUCCAAACCUAGCUGCUACUUUUACUUACUCCCUGCUUGAUACCAAAAGAAACACCACAGGGGCCACAAUCACCCUGCAGGUAUCCUACAUCCCUCCUCCAGGCAUGCAUCCCAUAUUCCAGCCUCCUCCACAGCCAGAGGCUCAACACAACCCUGUGGAGCUAGACACAGUUACAGUGUUCUCAAUGGACACGUUAGGCGAGGACGACACUGAGAGUAUGAUUAUGAUAGAGGCAGCGGAGGAGGCCGAACCUGUUCCAGGACCCCAGGGUCAGGAUAUCGGGGCCCCAACAGCACCACCAAAAAGAGCCCCACCAAACUUCAACCAGGGCCUUAAGAAAAAGAAACGACAGAGCAACAAAUCCCCACUGUCUGACAAACCACAGGACCUCCAGGUUCGGCUGCGCAUCAUUGAGGGAAGACAACUGCCUGGUGUCAACAUAAAACCAGUAGUUAAAGUUGCAGUUGGAGGGCAAACAAAGAGAACACGCAUCAAGAAGGGCAAUAAUCCUUACUUUGAUGAGACAUUCUUUCUGAACUUCUAUGAAAAACCUUCAGAUCUUUUUGAUGAACCUAUAUUUAUAACAGUACUUGACUCCAGGUCUCUACGCAUGAACUCUGUCAUUGGUGAAUUCAAGAUGGAUGUUGGCAUGGUGUACAAUGAACACAGACAUGCUAUACUGAGGAAAUGGCUGUUGUUGGCAGACCCUGAUGAUAUGUCUGCAGGUGCCAGAGGUUAUUUGAAGGCCAGCAUAUGUGUGCUGGCUGCUGGUGAUGAACCUCCAAUGGAUAAGAAAGAGGGCCUGGAAGAGAAGGAGGAUAUUGAAGGAAACUUGUUGAGACCAGCUGGUCUUACACUGAGAGGAGCGACCUUUACUCUUAGAGUAUACAGAGCAGAAGAUCUGCCUCAGAUGGAUGAUGCUCUUAUGGAUGGCAUGAAACAAUUUCUUGGUUUCGAGUCCAAUAGAAAGAAUCUGGUGGACCCACUUGUGGAGAUCAACUUUGCAGGAAAAUCGAUCUGUACUAAGAUUCUGGAGAAAAACGCCAACCCGCAGUGGAACCAGAGUCUCACUCUACCUAUCAGGUUUCCAUCCAUGUGUGAAAAGAUGAGGAUACGCAUUUUAGAUUGGGAUCGAGCCAGCCACAAUGAUGUUAUUGGCACUACAAACUUAUGUAUGUCAAAAAUCUCAGCCCCUGGAGGAGAGAUCGAUGAUGAGUUUUCUUCCAGGACCAUCUCCAGCACCAUGGAUGACAAUAUAGGCUUCUUGCCAACAUUUGGCCCCUGUUAUGUCAACCUGUAUGGAAGCCCCAGAGAGUUCACAGCAUUCUCAGACCCAAAUGAGACACUGAACCUUGGAAAGGGAGAGGGCGUGGCUUAUCGAGGGCGUGUGCUGUUAGAACUCAUCACAAAGCUCUCCGAACAGGUGGACCAAAAGGUUGGAGACAUAAACUCUGAUGACCUCCUGGUAGUGGAAAAAUUCAUGCGGAAGAGGAAGUACUCUCUGUUUGCUGCAUUCUACUCAGCCACUCUUCUCCAGGAUGUGGAUGAUGCCAUACAGUUUGAAGUCAGUAUUGGCAACUAUGGCAACAAGUUUGACAACACCUGUUUGCCUCUGGCUUCCACCACUCAGUUCAGCAGGGCGGUGUUUGAUGGGUGCCAUUAUUACUACCUGCCAUGGGGAAAUGUGAAACCUGUGGUGGUCCUGUCUUCAGAGUGGGAGGAUAUUAGUCCCCGAAUAGAGGCCUUAAACAUGCUGCUCAAUAUAGUUGAUCGAUUGGAGUCAAACCUGGAGCAGGUCCAGCUACAGCUGAAAGGAAAAAGCGACGAACAGGAAGUGGAGCAGAGAGUUGUCCAGUUGCUUGAUGAUGUCAUAGCAGACUGCAGCGAGGAACUCCCUGAGCUGGACAACUGGUCAUGUGUGACUCCGCUGGAUAAAGCUCUGAGGAAGCUGCGAAAGAUCAACAUGCAGCAGAUAGUGCAGGGCGCACUGACGCUAAAACAUGGUCCAGAGACUGAGCUGAGUGCAGUUCUGGAGCAGGCUGAGGACUGGAGCCUGAGGCUGCGCAACCUUGCUGAGGAGCCCCAGAACAGUCUGCCAGAUAUAAUAAUCUGGAUGCUACAGGGAGACAAACGAGUGGCUUACCACAGAAUCCCUGCCCACCAGGUUCUCUUUUCCCAGGGUUACCGUGGUAAACACUGUGGCCAACUUCAGACAGUUUUCCUAAAGCCUCCACAGGAUGAGGGAGGAGACAGUAAGAUUCCAGCCCAGAUCCGGGUGAAAGUUUGGUUUGGACUCAACGCUGAUGUCAAGUCCUUCAAAGAGUUUGCAGAGGGCAAACUAUCUGUGUUUGCGGAAACGUAUGAGAACCAGACAAAAUUGGCCCUGGUGGGGAACUGGGGUACGACCGGUCUGACUUACCCAAAGUUCAGUGACGUGACGGGCAGAGUUAGACUGCCAAAGGAGAGCUUUAAACCUUCUCCAGGAUGGAGCUGGGCAGGAGACUGGUACAUCAGUCCAGAGAAAACAAUGCUGUAUGACGCUGAUGCAGGUCAUACGAUCUUUUUGGAGGAAGUGUUUGAAAAUCAGAUGCGGUUGCCAGGUGGACAAUGGAUUGGCAUGCCAGAGGGAUACACAGAUGUGAAUGGAGAAAAAGCAGUGCCCAAAGAUGAGGUUGAAUGUCCUUCAGGUUGGGUUUGGGAGGAUAUUGAGUGGAGCGAGGAUCUGAAGCGUGCGGUGGAUGAUCAAGGUUGGGAAUAUGGAAUAACCCUUCCCCCCGACCGCCGGCCAAAGUCUUGGGUUCCAUCCGAGAAGAUGUACCACACAAACCGCCGACGACGCUGGGUCCGACUUCGCCGUAGAGAUAUGCAGAAGAUGGAGGCACUUCGAAAACAGCGUCCAGACGAGUCUGAGCGUGAGGGCUGGGAAUACACCUCUCUCUUUGGCUGGAAGUUUCAUCUCAAGCAGAAAAAAACGGACUCCUUCCGUCGCCGGCGCUGGAGAUGUCGAAUGGAGCCAUUGGAAAACACGGGGCCAGCCGCCAUCUUUGACUUGGAGUGUUCACUGAGCAGCGUUAUUGAUGAGAAGAAUGAUGAUAAGUCUGUUACGACAACGUUUGGUGUCAACCGCCCAACCAUCUCCUGCUUCUUUGAUACUGGGACACUGUAUCAUUUGCGAUGCUACUUGUAUCAGGCCAGAGACCUGCUGGCGAUGGAUAAGGACAGUUUUUCAGAUCCCUAUGCCAUUGUGUCGUUCCUGCAUCAGAGCCAGAAGACAGUUACUGUUCGAAACACACUCAACCCCAUCUGGGACCAGACUCUCAUUUUCUACGAAGUGGAAAUAUUCGGAGAUCCAUGCGUGACUGAGAAGAAACCUCCAAACAUUUUGGUGGAACUGUAUGAUCAGGACACAUAUGGUGCUGAUGAGUUUAUGGGGCGCUGUGUGUGCCAGCCGUUAAUGGUGUCCUCCCCUCGCCUUGCCUGGUAUCCCAUUCAGAAAGGUGGGAAGGCUGCUGGAGAAAUGCUUGCUGCUUUCGAACUGAUCCGCAGAGAUAAACCCGCAGUUCAUCACAUCCCUGGUCAAGAUGGAGAUAUUUUACCACCAUCACAUAUCAUGGAUGAACUUGUGCUUCCAGGGUUCCCCACUGACAGUCAACAACAAUGGCAAGAGGACUCAGAUUUGCCCUAUCCACCACCGCAGAGGGAACCUAAUGUCUACAUGGUGCCACAAGGCAUAAAGCCUGUCCUACAGCGUACUGCUAUUGAGAUUCUGGCGUGGGGUUUGCGUAAUCUGAAGAGUUUCCAGCUGGCCAGUGUAACAUCUCCUAGUCUUCAAGUGGAAUGUGGAGGACGUGUGGUUCAGUCAUGUGUCAUUCGAAACUCUAAGAUAAACCCUAAUUUUGAUGUCAACACCAUGAUCAUUGAUGUGCGGCUGCCUAAGGAGGAGCUUUAUAUGCCACCGCUGGUGAUCAAGGUUAUAGACAACCGUCAGUUUGGCAGAAAGCCAGUGGUGGGCCAGUGCACAGUCCGCUCGCUGAAUGAGUUUCGCUGCCAGCUGGAGAGCCUGGAGAGAGACCAUACAGAAGAAGACUUUGAGGCGAUUGCUCCCACCCCGAGAGAUGAAGUUCUAAUUGAUAUUGAUGACAAGGAGCCUCUUAUUCCUGGCCAGCAGGCAGACGGCACCAGCUCUGCCAUUAUUAACAUCUCGUCUUCUCAGUCCAGCCUUCAUCAAGAUGAAUUUAUGGACUGGUGGAGCAAGUUUUAUGCCUCCACAGGUGAAACAAAAAAGUGUGGAAGUUAUCUGGAGAAAGGGUUCGAUACACUGCAGGUGUAUGACACAGAGCUGGAAAAGGUUGAUGGCUUCGAGCAGCUGGCUGAUUUCUGUCAAACGUUCAAACUUUACCGUGGAAGAACCCAGGAUGAGAGUGAAGAUCCUUCUAUUGUUGGAGAGUUCAAGGGCUCAUUUAAAAUCUAUCCGCUGCCUGACGACCCCUCGAUGCCCACACCCCCACGUCAGUUCCGCAGGCUCCCACCGAACGGUAUAGAGGAGUGCCUGGUGCGCGUGUACAUCAUCCAGGCCUGUAGUUUACAGCCAAAAGAUGCAAAUGGAAAGUGUGACCCCUAUGUUAAGAUCACUCUGGGAAAGAAAUCAAUCAAUGACCACGACAAUUACAUACCCUGUACUUUGGACCCCGUCUUUGGAAAGAUGUUUGAGCUGACCUGCUCAUUGCCUAUGGAGAAGGACCUGAAGAUCACCCUGUAUGAUUACGACAUGAUAACCAAAGAUGAGAAAAUAGGAGAAACUGUCAUUGAUCUAGAGAAUCGCUUCUUGUCUCGUUACGGUGCUCACUGUGGCCUGCCACAGUCCUACUGUCUGUCUGGGGUUAACCAGUGGCGAGAUCAGCUGAAACCUACGCACUUACUUCAUCGUCUUUGCGAGAGACGAAACUACAAGCUGCCAGUCUACAAACAGGAUAGAGUCUACUUCAGAGGACAGGAAUACACUGUUGCAGACCUGGAUGAAGGGAAAGCUCCUAACCCACACCUGGGACCACUGCAGGAGCGUCUCGCUCUUUUGGUGCUGAGGAGACACGGUCUGGUGCCUGAACAUGUCGAGACAAGACCUCUCUACAGCCCCCUACAACCUGACAUAGAGCAGGGGCGGUUACAAAUGUGGGUGGAUUUAUUCCCUAAAAGUUUAGGCCCACCAGGACCCCCAUUCAAUAUCACACCACGCAAAGCCAAAAAGUUCUUCCUGCGCUGUAUUAUAUGGAACACAAGAGAUGUUAUCCUGGAUGAUGUCAGUGUUACCGGGGAGAAGAUGAGUGACAUUUAUGUGAAAGGCUGGAUGCAAGGGCACGAGGAGAACAAGCAGAAGACGGAUGUGCACUAUCGAUCACUAGGUGGUGAAGGCAACUUUAAUUGGAGGUUCCUUUUCCCCUUCCAUUAUUUACCUGCUGAACAGCUUUGCACUAUUGAUAAGAAGGAGCAUUUUUGGAGUUUGGAUAAAGUCGAAACAAAGCUGCCUCCUAAACUCACCAUCCAGAUUUGGGACAAUGACAAGUUCUCUUAUGAUGAUUUUCUCGGUUCUUUGGAGAUGGAUCUGAACCACAUGCCGAGUCCAGCAAAAUCUCCAGAGAAAUGUGGCCUAGAGAUGCUUUCUCAGACUCAAGACAGGCAAGUUUCUUUGCUUGAGCAGAAGACAGUAAAGGGCUGGUGGCCAUGCGUAAACGAGAGGCAAGCUGAAAAGAUCCUUGCUGGAAAAGUAGAAAUGUCACUUGAAAUCGUCUGUGAGCAGGAGCAGGAUGAGAGGCCAGCAGGACAGGGCAGAGAUGAGCCAAACAUGAAUCCUCAUCUAGAGGAGCCACAGCGUCCUGAGACCUCAUUCUUCUGGUUCUCAUCCCCAUAUAAGACAUUUAAGUUCAUUGUAUGGAGGAGGUUUAAGUGGCUUAUUCUGGGCUUCUUUGUGCUGUUUUUCAUUUUACUGUUCCUGGGAGUCUUCCUCUAUUCCUUCCCUAACUAUGCUGCUAUGAAGAUGGUCGGACCCUUCAGUGGAACGGGAAAGGGAACCCAGUAAUGUGAAAAUGGAAACAGACCCCUCUCUCUCCUCCACCGUAACAAACACAUCUCUAUCAGUCCUGCUGCAGGGACAGUACUUGCUUGUGCAUACCUUCGACCCAAGAGGAAACCAAAGACAUGAAAAGAUGAAGUAUCGCGUGUGUGCCUUGAUGUAUGGCUCAGCCCGUUAUAAUAUUAUACUUAUGAAUGUUGCGUAACGUAUGUGUAUGCUAGUACAUGUAUUACAGGCUAAGUUUCCAUGCCCUAUAUUUGACCCGGGCCUGAACUCUCUCAGUAUUCUCUCUGACACCCACUUACACUUUCAUCUCUGCCCGUUUAAUCCCUUUUCAUGUCUCCAGUAAAACUCUGCGCUUUUGCUCACAGCCAGAUGCGUCUUUCUUCUUCCUUCACGCAGAGAGCGAGCGAGAGAACUGCCUCGCGCCAUUCGUUCCUCCUUUCAACCCUGCCGACUCUUUGGGUUAAGCCCUGAUUUGUUCUGUUAGGCUAUAAGGUCCGAGACAGGCAGGUUAUUAGCUGAGCCCCCGCUGUCAGUAAGCCCACCUCUCUGAUUAUUAUCACACUCUGUUAUUUUGCCUUAGCGAAAUCCCCACUAAAUGGAUUUGGGGUCAACUGUCGGUUGGCAAUGUGUGUGUAUGUGUGUAUGUAUGCGUGUGUGUUGCUGCAUGUGAAAGAGAGCACGAGAUAAAAGGGUUGUUUAUUUGUUUAAAAAUUACAUUCGCACCCACGUGCCUUUUUGCGUUCGACUCUAUAUGUAUGAAAAUGAACAGACUCAUCUGGAAAAAGGUGCAAGACUGCUUAACGUGCCUGUGAAAGACAUAUCCAAAGGUAAAAUACACAAAUUGCUUGUUUUUUUUCUCUGUGACCAGGUCAUGAGCUCCUCUAACACCCAAUUCAGUAAAUAUAAACUGUUGCAGGGUCACCCGAAUUUCAACGCUGGUUUACACAUUGUUGCAUCUGUUCUGUAAACCAUGUUUACAUGCACUGGUUAUGUAAAUGCUGUUUUUUCCUAUGCUGUUUAAGAUAUUAAGACACCCAUGGGUUUCUUCUGGAGAAUGCGGCUUAUGUGGCCAUAUAAACACACGGGUGGCAGGUUGUUACAGGGUUUUGAAGAGCGUGUAUGUGCGUGAAAUACUCUGUACAGAAAUUCAGGGGGAAUAAUCAGGUCGUAUCUUUUGUGUUUUUUAUAUGCAUCAUGCAGAGGUUUCACUACAAAUAAUUCACUGAUCCAGAAAUGUCCAUCAUGGUGUCGAAUGUUUUUUUUUUUUUUCGUAUUAUUAUACAGUUUAUACAGUAUAUUUACAGACUAUCAGAAACACGAGUCGGAUGUUAGGGCAAAUAGCUGCUUAUCAACUCGCAUGUAUACAGGUCAUGUAAACACACACAAACACUGAUUUCCUGUCUUGUGGCGAUUUCUUGCAGUAAGAGACAUUAUGAUGGCCAUGUGAACGUAACGUGAGUGCUCUGAAUCAUACUGUAUGUCAAGUCAUCCAAAUUAAUCUGAGCAAAUCUGUAGGAUAUUCAGAAAUGUUUACAUAUAUUAAGAAAUUAAGAAAUGUUUGAUCUUUCUAUAAAGGUCACUGAUUUCACUGAAUACAGUAAAUGCAUAGCUGUGCAUGAAUCCACAAUAUGACUACCUUCCAAUUAUUUGAUAAGUGAAAAAAUAUUUGGCUUUUGACCACACUAAACUGUAAAUGCUUGCAAGAUCUUUUACCAAAUAUUGCACUAGUGAAAUAUUGCCAGAUUAGUUGCUGCCUUAACGUUUUUACAGGAAAAUUAAAAUGGUGGCAAGGUGACAAACUAUAAUGAGUUAAAUUCAUUUUUCAGCCACUUUAAAGGUCACCUAAUGUGAGAAAUUCAUUUUUAUAUGUUGUUUGAACAUAUGGUGUGUUACAUGUGUAGCAUGCCCACUCCUUUAUUUAAAAUCCUCAUAAAAGCUGUUUUCUGAGUACUUUGCGCAGGCCCCGCCCACAUCCGUCCAAAGACCACAGGUCAUAAUUUCUAUUUUCUUCUUUACGUAAUUAUGAACAAAUAGGCACAAUCUGGGGACACCAAUCUGAGACUAAUAUUACAUCUUGAAACAUUGCCAUAUUAGAGUGACCUUUACGUUUACUGUAAAAAAAUAAAUAAAAUAAAAACGGAAGAAAACAUUAUUGGAAGUAGAAAUGACAGAAACACACUGUAAAAAAAAUCUGUAGAAAUUACAAUGUUAUUGCAGCUGGGUUGCCGGAAAUUUACCGUAGAUUUACGUUUAUGUUAUUUACUAGCAAGAGUUUGUUCAAAGUAAAAUAAAUCUUUACAGCAUAAAACUAUACAAUAACAGCCUCAUGCAAAGCAUUCUGGGAACCAGAAAUCAUCAUCAACCUUUUUCUGUUUUUGCUUCAGAUUUUGUUUUCCAGAAUGUUUUGCUUGAUACUGUUUUUCUUAGUUUUACUAUGUAAAGACAAAGACUUGUAAAUGUUUAAUGUUCAUUUAACUUUGAACAAACUCUUUCCAGUAAAUAACAUAAAUGUAAAUCUACGGUAAAUUACCGUCAACCCAGCUGCAAUUUCUACGGAAUUUUUUACAGUGCAGAUACCACAGUAUAUGAAAUUAAAGAAGUUGCAUAUGUUAUUACAUAUGCUAAAACAAGUUACAAUUCUCUUAUUUUGACAAUGACUGUUUUUUUUUUUGAACAAUUAAACUGUUACAUGAUGAAUUAUGAAUUAUCUUUUUGCACUCUUUACUGAUAUGCUGCAUUGUUGAAUCUACUGUUAUUGCCUUCUAGCUUCUGCUAUCACGAAGAAAUUCACUGUGCUAAAUCUGUAUAUGAACACUGUCAAAUGUUCAUUUGCUGAAAUAAAUACCUAGAGUAUACCAAA